ACAUCCCAAUCUAAAGAACCAACAAAGCCUUAGGAUUCCCAACCAUUCAAUCAUCCAUGGAGGGAACAAUGAGUGAAUCUAGUGCUCCUAGAUUUAGAGUUUUGAUGUUCCCAUGGCUAGCUCAUGGCCACAUCUCUCCCUACUUAGAGCUAUCCAAGAGACUCUCCGAAAACAACUUCCACAUAUGCUUUUGUUCUACAGAGAUCAACCUGAAUUUCAUCAAGAAAAGUAAAACCUUUGAUGAGAUUUCAUCAAUAGAACUAGUACAACUUGAUUUGCCAGAUCUGCCUGAACUCCCUCCCCAGCAUCACACCACAAGAAACCUCCCACUCCAUCUCAAAUCAACCCUCGAGCGUGCAUUUUAUAUGGGAAAAGCAAACUUCCAAAACAUCCUGAGCACUUUGAAACCCGAUUUGCUAAUCUAUGAUGCUCCCCAGUCAUGGAUAUCGGAGCUGGCAGCACUGAAUCAUAUCCCUUCUGUUCUUUUCAUAAUAGUUGCUGCAGUAAACUUGUCUUUUUUUUAUCAUGCCGUUAACUGUGGAAUCGAUGGUACUAAUGAGGCUUACCCUUUUCCAGCAAUUUAUUACAGGGAUUAUGAAACGAAGAAAAUGAUAGCUAUGUCCCAGGAAUCCAAAGAAAGUUUACCCGAAGAUGCUGCUUUUUCUCCCAAGUGUUUUGAACUAUCUUCUUUUGUUUUGGUGAAAAGCUGGAGGGAAAUUGAGGGGAAAUAUAUAGAUCACUUUUCUUUCUCCUGUGGCAAGAAGGUGUUAGCUUUAAAUCUUCUUAAUGUUCAAGAUGAUGAUACCAAGGAGGAGGAGAAUAAUUCCCAUAUCAUGAAGUUUCUGAAUGGUAAAGAUGAAUCAUCAGUGAUUUAUCUUUCUUUUGGGAGCGAAUACUACUUGUCGAAGGAAGAAAGGGAAGAGAUAGCACAUGGGUUGGAGCUGAGCAAUGCUAACUUCAUAUGGGUACUUAGGUUUCCUGUGGGAGAUUCUAUUGCCCUAGAAGAAGCUUUACCCGAAGGGUUUCUGGAGAGGGUGAAAGAGAGAGGGAUAGUGGUGGAUGGAUGGGCACCACAGGCUAAAAUUCUUGAGCAUCCAAGUACUGGUGGUUUCUUGAGUCAUUGUGGAUGGGGUUCUGUGACAGAAAGCAUGUAUUUUGGGGUUCCAUUGUUAGCUUUGCCCAUGUUCUAUGACCAGUUUCUUCAAGCUAGACUUGCAGAAGAUAUUGGUGUCGGUAUUGAGAUUUUGAGAGGUGAAAACGGGCAGACAAAUAGGGAAGAGGUUGCUAAAGCCAUAAAAAUGGUUGCUUUGGAGAAUGAAGUGGGAGAAUUAUUGAGAGAAAAAGCUAGAGAGUUGAGUAACCAGAUGAGAGGAGGAGGAGAAGGAGUGUUGCAUGAAGCAAUAAAGAAGCUAAAGGAUUUAUGCAGCAAGAACAAGUAGCAGAACUGCUGAAUCUGAGAUGGAUAGAUAUGAUAGAAAAUGUUUGAGACAGAUAUUCAAUGAUUAACCUUCCAUAUGCUGAUAGUAUAAGCCAAGGAUUAUCAUUACAGCAUUUUUUUUCCCUAAAAACUCCGUACCGAUUGCUGUGGAGCUAAACUGCAGUUGUAAUAUGUAUUCAUUUCGAUUGAUGCCAUCGGCGUUACUGAUACAGGUUGUUACAGUGUGAAA